CUGGUUUUACGACGGUGCGCUUACACAAUGGCAAUUUCCGUCAGUUUGACUUGCAGCUCGCGACCGCGUUGAACUCGCCUUUUGUGUUUACGGUUGUGUUUCGAACGACCUCGUUUCCCGCUACAAAUCUCGUGUAUGUGUUCACGUCCGAGUCGGAUACAGAACCUGGGAGCUCUUCGAGUUCGGCGCAGGGUGUUUUUGGUUCGGUGAAAGUGCGAAAAACCCAGCUUGAGGCCCAGCUCGGAGAGCUCGAGCGGGGCAGAGCUCCGAAAAGUUUGUUGUUGUCACGUGACGCGGGACGAAUGUGGCGAUAAAAGUUUGUCCAGAUCGCGAAACUUGUCGGCGCAUUACCCUUUUCAGAACCCGUGCAGCAGAUUUUUUUUUUACCACGAUGCCUCAACCAAAAUACAGAAAGAUCGCGGUCAUAGGUUACCGGUCCGUAGGGAAGUCGUCUCUUACGAUACAGUUUGUUGAAGGACAGUUUGUCGACUCCUAUGACCCAACCAUUGAAAACACGUUUAACAAAAUGGUGAACGUGAAAGGUCAGGACUUCAAUUUGCAGCUAGUCGACACGGCUGGACAAGAUGAGUACUCAAUUUUUCCACAAUCCCACUCAAUGGACAUCCAUGGUUAUGUUCUGGUCUAUUCAGUGACUUCCAUGAAAAGUUUUGAAGUUGUGCAGGUUCUACACGACAAGCUGCUAGACAUGGUUGGCAAGAUUCAGGUUCCAACUGUUCUUGUAGGAAACAAAAAAGAUCUUCACAUGGAAAGGGUUAUCAAACCAGAGGAGGGGAAAAAACUAGCCGAUUCCUGGGGAGCAGCAUUUAUGGAGUCUUCCGCCAAAGAAAACGAGACUGCCGUGGAGGUUUUCAAGCGAAUCAUUUUGGAGAUGGAGAAAGCUGACGGGAAUGCACCUCCGGAGGAGAAGAAGUGUGCAGUGAUGUAAAGUUUUAUGCAGGACACCAGUGAGCUGAUUUACUGAAGACAUGAGGCACAACUUCACCAGCUUGCUAACGGUGGCCUCAUCGAUGCAGCAGAGGAACGUUUGUUCUCCCCUCAGAAUUCAAGAUUGAUUUACAUAGCAAAGCAGCUGCCCAACAAAUGAUACUAGAUCCCAGUAAUAGUAACCAUGGAAAGAAAGAAAUACCUAGAGCAGGAUUAACCUCUCAAAGAAGCAUCUUCACUGGAUACUUUAACGUUCAAAUGCAUUCUGGGAAUAAUUGUGCUUCUUUUUUUUAUUUUUUAUUAUUAUUAUUAUUUCCAAGGACUGGUCCAUGAUUUCAGCAGGUCUUUUUGACAGAAAUGCAAUCACAGUUCACAUUGCUUUAAAUGUGGUCACUAUUCUACCAGCACUCUGUAAGAAAAGAAAUCUCACUGGGGUUUCUCAGUUCUCACUGUAAUUUUUAUCUGCUCAUCCUCAGGUACCUCUUACUCAUGAUGACGCGUCGUCAUGACACCGAUCUGUUAUUGUAUAUUUCACUACGCGGAUACACAACGCUCAUAUCUAUAGCAUAAUUCCUCCCCAUUCAUUCUGAUAAGGCUGUUAUGGACAGCACUUGUAGGUGGAAUAAAUAUUUUCUAAUUACAAGUUAAGCCCUUUAUAUACAGUGUAACUAGAAUCUUAGAAUGUGAUUUGGUACUUUGGAAAAUAUCUGGAGCGACUCGAGCCGUUGCUUUCCGUUUUUCUACACAGAGUAUACUCUUAGAUUAUCAAAACUAAAAGGAUUCAUAGAUUUCAGUUUUUGAUUUGCAUUUUAGUAUUGCAAAAUACUAUGAAGGUGGCCACGGAGUUAGUUUAGUGAAUUUUAAGUUGAUGGCUUUAACAUGCUUGAUAAAACCCAACCAUAGUGCCUGUAGCCUUUCUGACAAAUGGUCACUGUCAAACACUUGAAAUCUUUUCUUUUUGGCUUGUUUUUACAAAACCUGUAGCCUUACAGAAAUCUAAUGUACAGCAAUUCUGUUUGUUUUAUCCUCAAAAGCCUUGUGUUGUAGCUGUAGUGAAUACUUCUAACUUUAUAAAAUGCUUUGCCUAGAUAGUUAAAUGGCGGAUAACUGAUGAUAGUUGAGCAGAGGCUGGUGAUGCUGUGUCUUGUGCCUUACAGAUGUUCAAACUCCUUCAUCUGCUUCCUUUUCUUGACUCAAGGUGCUCUUAAGUUUUGUUUUUUUGUUUGUUUGUUUUUUUUCCUUUGACUUGACACCAUAGGUGCAGGUGUUGUGCACCUGAACACCAGUAUAUUCCCCUGUGGGUCAACGGUAAUUUAGAAAUCUUGCUGUAAACUGUUUUGUAAAUAAACAAAUCUGUCACUUGU